CCCUCUCUCAAUGCCAGCUCUCGCCAAACUCCUCAGCCCCAACCUCUUCCCCUCCCUCCCUUCCGACCGCCGCCCGCCACCGCCGUCCGCCACCGCCGGCGCCACCUCCGCCCACCCCCCGCCCAUCCCCAUCCCCAAGUACCCACCACCUCUCAGGUCCCAAAAACCCCGAAACCCACCUCGUCCUCCUCCAAACCCAUCCCCCAACCCCGCCUUCAAGACCCACCACCGCAACUCCCGCUACUACAAGCCCAUCAGGCCCGACUCCCCUGUGGUCUCCUCCGACGGCGGCCGCUCCGUCGUCGUUGGCGAGUCCGGCGUCUCCUACCUCCUCCCGGGCGCCCCCUUCGAGUUCCAGUUCAGCUACUCCGAGACCCCGACCGCCCGGCCGCUCGCCAUGCGGGAGCCCGCCUUCCUGCCCUUCGCGCCCCCGACGAUGCCCCGGCCGUGGACCGGGAAGGCCCCCCUGAAGGGCUCCAAGAAGAAGAUCCCGCUCUUCGACUCGUUCGACCCGCCCCCGCCGGGGAAGAAGGGGGUGAAGUACGUGGAGAUGCCCGGACCGUUCGAUUUGGGGAAGCGCCCCAGGGAAGGGAGGACGAGGGAGGAGAUUCUGGGGGAGCCUCUCAAGAGGUGGGAGAUUAAGAUGCUGGUCAAGCCUCACUUGUCUGAUAAUCGCCAGGUUAAUCUUGGUAGAGAUGGGCUGACUCAUAAUAUGUUGGAGCUUGUACACUUGCAUUGGAAGAGACGGCGAGUCUGUAAAGUCCGUUGCCGGGGAGUCCCAACAGUGGAUAUGGAUAAUGUCUGCCGGCAUCUCGAGGAAAAGACUGGAGGUAGAAUCAUUCAUAGAGUCGGCGGCGUCGUUUAUCUUUUCCGUGGCAGAAACUACAAUUACCGCACUCGUCCCCAAUAUCCAUUGAUGCUCUGGAAGCCAGCUGCUCCAGUUUACCCAAAGCUUAUCCAGGAUGCUCCAGAAGGGCUCACAAAAGCCGAAGCCGAUGAAUUCAGGAAAAGAGGCAAAAAACUUUUGCCAAUUUGUAAAUUAGCGAAAAAUGGAAUAUAUUUAACGCUUGUAAAGGAUGUAAGAAAUGCUUUUGAAGGAAGUCCAUUGGUGAAGAUCGACUGCCAGGGGAUGCAUGCGAGUGACUUCAAGAAAUUAGGAGCUAAGCUUAAGGAUUUGGUUCCAUGUGUGCUGCUUUCUUUUGACGAUGAACAGAUAUUGAUGUGGAGGGGAAAAGAUUGGAAAUCUAUGUACCCAGAACCAACAGUUCCUCUUGCUAAAGAAGGCAAAAUUGAUGAUGCUUGCAAGGAUAGAGAUGUAAAGAAAGUCAUUUCUAGCCCUAAAAUGACAUCCUUAUGGGAGCGUGCAAUUCAAUCAAGUAAGGCAUUGUUGCUGGAUGAGUUAAACCUAAGCCCUGAUGAUCUUUUAAAGAAAGUGGAGGAGUUUGAAGGCAUCACACAAGCUACAGAGCAUUCAUACCCUGCAUUAGUUUUGUCAAGUGAACGUGCUACCGGUAGUUCAGUCGCAGCAUAUGAAGAUGAUUCUACUUCUCAAAGUGAGGACUACAGCGAAGAUGGCUUUCCUUUCAGGGACAAUGAUGAGUAUGAUGAUAUUUGCGAGAAUGAUCCUUUUGAAGAGGCGGACUGGUCGACCCCUCUUGGAUCAUUACCUGUCGAUCGUUUAACGGAGAAGCUUUCCCAGGAUCAGAAAAGACCAGAUAGUUAACCUUUAAAAAUUGAGAUGUUAAAUUGUAAUUUGAUUAUAGUUGGGCCGCCUUCGAUUUUAAUCGCAUAAAGACAGCCUUAUCACCCAUAAAAUGGAUCUGAAAUAUCAUUGAUUCAAUCCAAAAUCUGAGUCUCGAUUGUAUAGCUAAAUGUGUAGCAAGGUUGUAAUGUGAUCUUUAGGUUAUGUAAUGAGAAUGUUUGUCGACAUUGCUCCAA